AUGUCCGAAUUACCUGAAUUUCCCCGGCUUUUUCGCCUCGACGGCAAGGUGGCCGUCGUCACUGGUGGAUCCCGAGGCCUAGGACUGCAUACUGCAACAUCACUUCUUCUUGCAGGUGCAGAGAAGGUGGUAAUUGUCGCGCGAAAGGCCGAAGGCCCGCAGGGAUUCAAACAGGCCGUUGACAAGCUCAACGCGCUCCCUAGCUGUUCGGGAACCGCGGUCGGGUAUGCUGCAGAUCUCUCGAAGCUCUCUGACAUGGAGAAGCUUGUCGACAUGUUAAAAGCAGAGAGGCGCGUUGAUAUUCUGGUUGCGAAUGCGGCGGCGACAUGGGGAGGAGCCUUUGAGCCCACGCCAGACUGGGCUGUCACCAAAGUCCUGGACUUGAAUGUCCGCAGCAUAUUCCACCUCACACGACUUCUUACGCCCUUACUGGAGCGUUCUGGAACCCCCGACUCGCCGUCACGCAUCAUCAUCGUUGGCGCGAUUGCAGGCUUAUCGGUGCCAGUUGUGGGCAAGCAUGGCACAAUAAUGUAUGCAAUUUCCAAGGCUGCAGCACAUCAUUUGGCUACAAACCUGGCGGUUGAGCUGGGGCCGCGGAAUAUCUGUUCGAACGUCGUGGCCCCGGGAUUCUUCCCGUCCAAACUGGCCAACGGUCUGAUCGAGCACCUGGGAGGCGCCGAUUCAAUGGCAGCUGCAAAUCCAAGAAGACGACUAGGGAGUCCUGAGGAUAUUGCCGGUGUGAUGGUCUAUCUCUGCGGUCCUGCAGGCUCGUAUGUGAACGGCGCCCUGAUUCCGAUCGAUGGAGGGAACCACCUGCAGAGUGGGCAGUUUGCAAAGCUAUAG